ACGGAAAGAACUCAAUCCGGGCCACUGGAGCCACUGGUGCCGUCAUUUGGAGUUACUGUAGAAGUAGGGUUGUGUUAUUAAAGCAACUCCGGAAUUUUGCAAUAAUGUAGACAUACAAAAGUCUACAAGCACCAGAUGAAGUGCGUCCGUCCUUUCUGCAGUGGACAAAGGGCGCCUCUGGAUUGAGACAAGAGCGGACGUUGUCAGCUGUUGUAUGGUAAAUUGGGGGAAAUGUGGCAAAGCGUCGGACUCACUGUGCUGGUUAUUAUUGCCACACUAAUAUGUGCCCUACUCUUCAUGGUGUUCGGAUGGUAUGUGGUUUGGCAGCUUUUCCUGUCCAAGUUCAAGUUCCUGCGCGAACUCGUUGGUGACACAGGCUCCCCCCAGGCUGAGACUGAACCUUCGGAGUCAGAGAGUGAGCGUAGCUCUCCACCCACACCCCGUCACAAACACAAGCCCCGCCAGAGAGUUGUUCCUCAGGAUGCCACCUCAUAGGUCCCCCAUCCCCAGCUCAUCACCAGCCAGUGCUUCCCUCCGCCGAACAGAUAGCCCACUCUGCUGGACGCAAGCCAUCUUCUAACUGUUAAACUUUACCCCCCGUGCAUAUGUGACCUUCCCCUUAGACCACGGCCGCCAUCUUGUACCCAAGUCCCACAGUGUGCCAUUGGGGCCCCAGUGGUCUGUCUGUCUGAUUGUUGUCUCCUGGUCCUCCAUUUCGCUGUGUUUGGCAGAGUUGUUGAAUGUCAAAGGGAAAACACCAUCCAGUGAGUCAUGGCAUGGAUGGAGGCCACAACACACUGUGGUUUUGUUUGACAUUUAUUUGUACAGGUGUAUCAUCCUCUGCC